CGCGGCGCCGCUGGCAGCUGCGCUCUCCGGGCGGGGCUUGCAGGCGCUGGUCCGCCUGUCCCGGCCGCACCGUGGUCCUCACGCUGCGCUGUGGCUUCCAAGGCGUCGAGGGCCGUGGCUGGGAAGGCUCCCUGCGAGUGCAGCCAACAAAUACAGCAAGGAUUUGGACGAGAAUGAAGACAAGGUGAAGAAUAGCAGCUGACCACAGGAAGAUGGAACAGAACAGAAGCACACAAAACUAAGAAACACAGAACUUCUAGUGACCAUGGAGGCUGGUGGCCUCCCCUUGGAGCUGUGGCGCAUGAUCUUAGCCUACCUGCACCUUCCUGACCUGGGCCGCUGCAGCCUGGUAUGCAGGGCCUGGUACGAGCUGAUCCUCAGUCUUGACAGUACUCGCUGGCGGCAGCUAUGCCUGGGCUGCACUGAGUGCCGCCACCCCAACUGGCCCAACCAGCCUGAUGUGGAGCCUGAGUCUUGGAGAGAGGCCUUUAAGCAGCAUUACCUUGCCUCAAAGACAUGGACCAAAAACGCCCUGGACUUGGAGUCUUCCGUCUGCUUUUCUCUAUUUCGCAGAAAGAAGGAACGACGUACCCUAAGUGUUGGGCCAGGCCAUGAGUUUGACAGCCUAGGUAGUGCCUUGGCCAUGGCCAGCCUGUAUGACCGAAUUGUGCUAUUCCCAGGUGUUUAUGAAGAGCAAGGUGAAAUCAUCCUAAAAGUGCCUGUGGAGAUUGUAGGCCAUGGGAAGUUGGGCGAGGUGGUCCUGCUGGCCAGCAUUGAUCAGCAUUGCUCAACCACACGCCUGUGCAACCUCAUCUUUAUGCCAGCCUGGUUCUCACCCAUCAUGUACAAGACCACAUCAGGUCAUGUCCAGUUUGACAACUGCAACUUUGAGAAUGGGCACAUCCAGGUCCAUGGCCCAGGCACCUGUCAAGUGAAGUUUUGUACCUUCAAAAACACCCAUGUUUUUCUGCACAAUGUGCCCCUGUGUGUCCUGGAAAACUGUGAAUUUGUGGGGAGUGAGAACAACUCUGUGACUGUGGAAGGUCACCCAUCAGCAGAUAAGAACUGGGCCUAUAAGUACCUACUGGGUCUUAUCAGGUCAUCUCCCAGUUUGCUCCCUACAGAGGACUCUGACUUUUUAAUGUCCCUGGACUUAGAGAGCCGGGAUCAGGCCUGGAGCCCCAAGACCUGUGACAUUGUUAUUGAAGGCAGCCAGAGUCCUACCAUCCCUGCCUCUAGCUCCCCAAAGCCAGCCUCCAAAGCUGGUUCACAGGAGGCAGAGGUGGGCAGCGAUGGGGAAAGGGUGGCCCAGACCCCAGACAGCAGCGAUGGAGGCCUAAGCCCCAGUGGAGAGGAUGAAGAUGAGGACCAGCUCACAUACAGAUUGUCCUACCAAGUGCAGGGUCCACACCCUGUCCUAGGGGGCUCCUUUCUGGGCCCACCAUUGCCUGGAGCGUCCAUUCAGCUGCCCAGCUGCCUGGUGCUAAACUCACUGCAGCAGGAGCUGCAGAAGGACAAGGAGGCCAUGGCACUGGCCAGCUCUGUGCAGGGCUGCCUGAUCCGCAAGUGCCUCUUCCGGGACGGGAAAGGAGGUGUCUUUGUCUGUUCUUAUGGGCGAGCCAAGAUGGAAGGAAACAUCUUCCGGAACUUGACUUACGCUGUGCGGUGCAUACAUAAUAGCAAGAUUGUCAUGCUUAGGAAUGACAUCUACCGCUGCCGUGCAUCAGGCAUCUUUCUUCGCUUGGAGGGUGGAGGCUUGAUUGCCGGCAACAAUAUCUACCACAAUGCAGAGGCUGGUGUAGACAUCCGGAAGAAGUCCAACCCACUCAUUCUGUGUAACCAGAUCCACCAUGGCCUUCGCUCUGGCAUUGUUGUCCUUGGCAAUGGGAAAGGUGUCAUCAGGAACAACCAAAUCUUUUCAAAUAAGGAAGCUGGCAUUUAUAUCCUGUACCAUGGAAAUCCAAUAGUGAGUGGGAACCACAUUUUCAAGGGACGUGCAGCUGGCAUUGCUGUGAAUGAGAAUGGCAAGGGGCUCAUCACAGAAAAUGUCAUCCGUGAAAAUCAGUGGGGAGGCGUGGACAUCCGCCGUGGAGGGAUUCCUGUUCUCAGGAGCAAUCUUAUCUGCUUUGGCUACUCAGAUGGUGUGGUUGUGGGAGAUGAAGGCAAAGGACUAAUAGAAGGAAAUACCAUCUAUGCCAACAAGGGCUGUGGUGUGUGGAUGAUGUCGUCCAGUCUGCCCCAUGUCACCAGUAACCAUGUGAGCUACAAUGGCCUGUAUGGAGUGGCAGUAUUUAGCCAGAAGGAUGGCGCCAGUGAGUUCCCUGGAGGCCAUGGGGCCCAGGAGAACUUCAGUGAAGAUGGGGAUGCCAUCCUCUGGGAGACCGAACUAGAGAAGGAGGAUGACCCCCUGCGCAGGCCUGUCACCACAGCUCUUGUAGAGUCUAAUAGUAUUAAUCACAAUGGCGCCUCUGGACUGUAUGUCCAGAGCAGUGAGGCCCUGCACAUCAUCACCAAUGUGAUCCAUGCCAAUGGGGACAGAGGUAUCACUGUAGCCCAGAGCAGCCAGCUCACUCGUAUGACCAACAACAGCAUCUCCUGCAACCGCCAGAGUGGAGUCAAGGUUGAAGCCCAGUGUAAGGUGGAGCUCCGGGGCAAUGGUAUCUAUGACAACAGAGGCCAUGGCAUCAUUACCAAGGGUGACAGCACUGUCGUCAUCGAAAAUGACAUCAUUGGCAAUCGGGGCAGUGGGCUGCAGUUGCUGCCCAGGUCUGACACUAAGGUGAUAAAGAACCGGAUCCACUCAUUCCGGGCUUAUGGCAUUGCUGUGCGGGGCCAUGCAAAGGCCCUGGUGCAGGAGAAUAUCAUCUUCCAGGGCAAGACCAGCAAGACCAUCUUUCAGCAGAUCUCAAACAACAGAGACUGUAUUAUGCAGAACAACAAGUUUCUGGUCUUCAAGAAAAAGUCUGAUACAUGGCGUCUGGUGAACCCACCAGCACGGCCUCAUCUUGAAAACUCUCUCAGGGGCCCAUCUGCAGCCCACAGUGGGCAGAAAGUGACAGCUAUGGCAACCAGGAUCACAGCUCGAGUGGAAGGUGGUUACCACAGCAACCACAGCAUCUUCUGCACCAUCCUGUAAGGACGCAGACCUGCC